UGUCAUCGGUCUACAUGGAAGACACAGUAAGCCGUAGUUCAUCUGAUUCUAUAUCUACUACUGAUGAGUACGUGCUAGUAUCGCCAUCUGAAGCAACCGAUAACACGCCAUUGAAAGCUGUGAAAGAAGAAGGGCUUAAAAUUGCUGGUAAUGGCAAUAUGGAUGAGUUGAAACAUACCUUGGAAGAAGUAUUAAGUGACCAAGAAAAGGAAGAUGCAGAGGUUGAUAAAAAGACUGUGAAAUCAAAGAGUGCAACGGAAACUGAUGCUGUGGAACAGAGUGUUCUUUCUCACACAAAAAAUAUUGAGCACAAUUUACCAUGUAAUGAAAAACGCACCAAUUUUGGAACAAGUACAUUCUACACAACUACUUUGAAUAGGUCACGUGUUGUAAGUAUGGGUGAUGAAUUCAGUAGUACAGCUUCCAAACAUGAUAAAGGCCGGGAAAGAUCAGCAUCGUCACCAGAAUCACCAACAAAUUCUGCAUUAAUUGAUGGAGAAUGUACAGUGUUUAGUAGAAUUGUCUAUCUUGGCUCUGCCACAAUGAAUGCACCUAGAAGUGAACAAGAGGCCACACGCAUUAUGGGUAUACUCAAAGAGCAGUCACAUUCACCAAACGCUAUUGAAGUUGUCUUGUCAGUACCAGGCACAUCAGAAGGAAUUGUAAG